AUGUCCAUCCGUCCCAGCGGUCCCAGAAAUGUCACACUGUGGCGCGGCGCGGCGCAUUUCGCGUUUGAACUUCCGAUGAAGGGGGCUGGGGGUCAAGUACCUAUGUCGGAUAAGGUGUGGAAGACGGAUGUGGGUAGUCAGUUUUGGGUAGGCACGUCGGUUGGAGUAAAGGUGCAAGCAGUGAUGGAAAUAGAGAGCCCUCAAGACUGGAUGACACCCUCCUUCGAAGCUGGAUGGUCCGUGACCAAAUGUUGCGGGGCAAGUAUGGUCAGAAAAACCAAUCACAUGGGUAAGAUCGACGAAGUGGAUGCCCUCCCGGCUUUCCGCCUGCAAGGAUGCUGUUUCCACCGCUUGCGCAAGCGAUGA